UUGUGGAGGACAAGCAGAGUAGUGGGCGAAUCUAGUCUCACAUUCUCUCUCUGGUGAGUAAGCACAAAUUUAUGUUUUUAGCAAUCUUUUUUAACUGACUGUUUGGAGGAAUGGGGGCGUCUGAAAGUCGAGCUGGAGCAUUUCUUGGACAAAUCCGAAGGAGCCCUUUUGGGUCAGAUGCUGAAAUGAGGGAAGAUGGAGGAAAUGAGGUGUGCUGAUGACUUGUGUUCCCUCACUAAUCUGAUUUGUUCAGUGUGGUUGACUCUCGAGCCAGUGUGGGAAAAUAUUUCUGGAAGACCCGAGGGAGCCAUCAUAAAAAUGACCUUGUGUGCAGCGUGACACACUGUGCUCCUCAGGUUUCCCAGUCAUCCUCAUCGCUCUGAUACCUUAGUCUCGGGGUCAUUGCUGCUCCGUCAUGCCCAGGGCUCCAACUACUUACCAUACAUUUCCUUUGACAGAGGUUUCUGUUUCCUCUCUAAGUGUCAUCACACACAGCAGAGGAAGGAGGUCCAAACUGUGGAGUUCUGCUCUCCAGAUGAUGCCUCACAUGGCUCUGUGCAAGUACGUUCCGCUGGUUCUAGUGGGAGUUGUGGUUUUGGCAGCCAGCGGGAUCAUAGGAGACCCUCUCUAUGAGUGUCUCCAGGACGCUGACUACAGAGAGCUUCUGGACAUUGUGACGGAGGGACUCCCAGCUGCCAGGAUGCCUCAGCAUGUGGCAGUCAUCGGCGGGGGCAUGGCUGGACUGACUGCUGCCAAGGUCUUAGAAGAUGCAGGACAUAAGGUGACCAUAAUAGAAGCUAGUGAGCGAAUUGGAGGACGAGUGGAAACCUUCAGGAACAGAAGAGAAGGCUGGUACGCAGAGAUGGGAGCCAUGAGGAUCCCAAGCUUCCAUAAGAUUCUACUUUCCUUUAUCUCCAAAUUGAAAAUCCCACUGAAUCCCUUCAUCCAAAACGACAUCAACACCUACUACUUGGUAAAUGGAGUCCUACACAAAACCUACACUGUAGAAAACAAUCCCAGCAUGCUCAACUACAGUUUGCAUGAUGGAGAGAAGGGAAAGUCAGCUGCUGAACUCUUCAGUCAGACACUCUGGAAGGUGAGGGAUGACCUGAAGACAUUGGGCUGCAGUGGAAUGCUGAAUAAAUAUGACUCCUACACAGUGAAGGAAUAUUUGGUGAAGGAGGGCAACCUGAGCCGCGGCGCUUUGAGGAUGAUUGGCGACAUCCUCAAUGAAAACAGCCUCUUCUACACGUCCUUGAUAGAGAUGCUCUACAUACAGACAGACAUCAAUGACAACACACAGUACUUUGAAGUGACAGAUGGUUUUGACCAACUCCCCACAGCUUUCAAUCAAGUUUUAAAUGCCACAAUCCUGCUGAACUCCAAAGUGAAGCUAAUUGACCAAACAGGUGGGGCUAAUGUGACUGUAACAUUUGAAGACUGGCGGAACUCAGGUUCCCUGUCAAAAGUAACAGUGGACUAUGCCCUUGUUACGACCACAGCCAAGGCCGCCCUCUUCAUUGACUUCUACCCUCCUCUCUCUGGUAACAAGAUGGAGGCCCUGCGCUCUGUUCAUUAUGCCAGCUCCACAAAGGUAGUGCUCAGUUUCAAGGAACGCUUUUGGGAGAAAGAAGGAAUCAGAGGAGGGAAAAGCAUCACCGACCGACCAUCUCGCUUCAUCUACUACCCCAGCCAUGGAUUCCCAGGUACCACUGCAGGGGCCCUCCUGGCUUCCUACACCUGCUCUGAUGACUCCACCCUUUUUCAAGGCAUGAAUGAGGAGGAUCUGAUGGCAGUAGCUCUGGAGGACUUGGUGAAAAUCCAUGGGGAGUAUAUCCGACCGCUCUGCACGGGGGGUCUGGUGAAGAAGUGGGGCCUGGACCCUUACAGCUUUGGAGCUUUUGCCCUGUUUAUGCCGUACCAGCAAGGACACUAUGCACAAGAACUGUUCCAGAGUGAGGGACGGGUGCACUUUGCCGGGGAACACACAGCAACUCCUCACGGUUGGAUCGAAACUGCCAUGAAGUCUGCUCUCAGAGCAGCUAAGAAUAUCAACAGCUUGACUCUGUAGCUUCAUGUCUGUUUUUUUCUCUAAAGAAAAGCUCUAAAUAGUUCAACUUUUUAGAAUUUUUUCAAUAUCAUGAGCCCUGGUUCAAUCUCCACCUGAUGCAAGGUCUCUUUUCUUGUGAUGUGGAAAUGUUGCUAGGUCUCAGUAUCAAUACUUUUAGGUUUAUUUCAUUGAAGGUAGAUGUUUUAUUAAGUCAUUCAAAUUCAGUGGUGAUUCUUGCAUAAAUUGUCUUUUUCUUGCUCUUCCACACUUUUUUUUUCCUCAUGGCUGCUUCCAUCUAUGGAAACCGUCUCAAUAAACAGGGUGCCAACUA